AUGUAUGCAGCAGGGACGUACUGGGACGUGGUGUAUGUGCAUGGGGGGUGGCAGCGCGCACGGCAUGUGGCGAGGCAUCGCAUGGCCAUUGGGGCUGUUGCUGCUGUGGCGUGGCAGCCUGCUCCCAUGGCACAUGAUGCCAGCACGCGGGAGAUCAUUCUUGCCACGGAGGGCGGGCGGCUGUACGAGGCGGCGUUCGAGGAAACAGACAAGCGAGACUGCCCGCUGAAGCUGCUCUUCGAGCUGCCCGACGCUGAAAAGUGCGCCUUCCGGGGCAUCCAGGCCACUUUUGCACCCUUCGCCUCACAGCUGCCCAAAUUCAUUGAGCUCCCAGCCUCAUCACCUCUCAUACCAAGCUCGCUGCACUUCUUUGGUCGCCAGCAGCGGUAUGCAGAGCGGUUCGCAUGGAUGGCAGGGCCUGGCGUGCUCUUUGGUCACCUCAACCUCAAUGCCACUUCUUCCAGCUCAUCAUCGGAGCCCCCCAUUCAGCGCAAGUCCCUGCUGCCCUUCACCAAGCUGCUCCCACCUGGCCACAUUAGCAGUGCAGAUGAUACUGAUGACAGUGCUGCUGCAGCUACUGCUGCUGCCAUUGCGGCUGCGGUGCAUCCGACAGCAAUGGCAGUGUCCGAGUUCCAUCUGCUGCUGCUCUACAGCGACCACAUCAAGAUAGUGAACCAAGUGAGCGAGGCACUGGUGGACCAGCUGCCCUUCCACGCCACGGCGCUUGAGAUGGCGCCAGGUGGCAUGCUCGGAUUGGUCGCUGACGAGGCCGCCUCAGCGUACUAUGCAUUCUGCUCCAACAACAUCUAUGAGAUCGCCGUGUGUGACGAGGCCAGGGCCAUGUGGCAGGUGUAUCUGGACAGGCACGACUAUGCCAUGGCCCUCUCCUUCUGCCGCUCGCCCCUGCAGCGCGACCGCGUGUACGCCGCUCAAGCAGAGUCAGCUUUCAAGGACGGAGAUUAUGAGCGUGCGGCCACCUUCUUUGCUAGAACGGCACACCAGGUGCCCUUUGAGGAGGUGGCACUCAAAUUCGUGGAGGCGGGGCAGCAGGACGCUCUGAGGAGCUUCCUGUUGCACAAGCUGGACCACCUACCCAAGCAGGAGCGGGCGCAAAUGACAAUGGUGGCCACGUGGGCUUCAGAACUGUAUCUUGACAAGAUAAACCGAUUGCUGCUCCAGCUGCCACCGGAUUUUGAGAAGCACGAUUCCAUGCAUAGCAAGUCCGAGUCCGGUUCUGCUGCUGCUGCUGCUGCUGCUGCUGCUGCUGCUGCUGCUGCUGGCGUUGCUUCUGGUACUGUUGGUACUGCUGCUGUGGAAGGAUCAAGGACGGAAGAUUCAGGAGGUGCAAAGGAGGGCCCAGGAGUGGAGAGGUUGCGAGAGGAGUACAGGAGGGUGGUGGCAGCGUUUCGAGCGUUUCUCAGUGACUGCAAGGAAGUGCUGAAUGAAGCCACCACUGUGAAGCUGCUCGCCAGCUACGGUCGGGAGGAGGAGCUGGUGUAUUUUGCAGGACUGAAGCAGCGGCACGAGACAGUCAUCGAACACUUUAUACGGAACGUCCGAAGAGCAAUUGCACUUUUGAAAGAAACCGAGGGUUUGCUGAAAGUCGAAGACAUCCUCCCUUUCUUCCCGGAUUUCACCUUGAUAGAUGAUUUCAAAGACGCCGUAUGUGAGUCAUUAGAGGCAUACGGGCAAGAGAUCGACCGGCUAAAGGCCGAAAUGACCGAGGCGACCCGGGCGGCGGACACGAUCCGGAGGGACAUCCAGGCGCUGAGUCAGCGCCACGUCAUCGUGUCCACGCGGGAGACCUGUGGCGUCUGCUCUCGUCUGAUUCUCGCCGUCCCGCCGCCCCAGAAAACGCUGCUGUCUGGUUCUGCUGCAGCCGGCACUGGUGCUGCCGCUGGUGCUGGUGCUGGUGCUGCUGCUGCCGGCACUGCUGGUGGUGGUCUUUCUGGUGCUGCAGCAGCAGUAGCAGCAGCAAGCCUAGCAACAGCAUCGGCAUCAGCAGCGGCAGCAGAGGCAACGCCCUUCUAUGUGUUCCCCUGCUCCCACGCCUUCCACAUUGACUGCCUGCUCACCCACGUGGUUCAACACUCCGAUCCAUUCCUGAUGGAGCAUGUGUUGGAGUUGAAGCGGCAGCUGCUGGGAGUGCUGGAGACCCCGAGGAGGGGUGGCAAGCAACGGGGCGCAGCAGCAGGAAUGGGAGGAGCAGGAGAGGGAGAUGGUGACGUGGUGGACAUUCAUGCGGGACUCUCACCGAUUGAUAAGGUGAGGUUGCAGCUGGAUGAAGCAAUUGCCAGUGAGUGCCCUUUUUGCGGUUCACUGAUGGUGGCUAGCACAUCUGAGCCGUUGAUCGCUGCUCAUGAAGGAAAUGUGCUCGAUGCAUGGAGCAUUUGA